CCCGCCCCAGCUGCCGCCCGCCGGCUCGCCAGUGCAGCGGCGAUGCCCCGGAGCGUCGACCCCGGUCCUGGUCCCUGGCCCGCCGCGUAAUUAGCCUCCGCGCGCCCAGAGCGCGCCGCCGCCAACGCCGCGCCCGACGCAGCGAUGGGCAACACGGUGCACCGGACCCUGCCAGACCCGAGCCCACCGGCGCGCCUCCUGGCCACCCGGCCGUGCUGCGGCCCCGGCCCUGAGCGGCGCCCGGUCCUGGGCGAGGCGCCGCGCUUCCACGCGCAGGCCAAAGGCAAGAACGUGCGGCUGGACGGCCACUCGCGCCGGGCCACGCGGCGCAACAGCUUCUGCAACGGCGUCACGUUCACGCAGCGGCCCAUCCGGCUGUACGAGCAGGUGCGGCUGCGCCUGGUGGCCGUGCGCCCGGGCUGGAGCGGCGCGCUGCGCUUCGGGUUCACUGCCCACGAUCCGUCGCUCAUGAGCGCCCAGGACAUCCCCAAGUACGCCUGCCCCGACCUGGUCACGCGGCCGGGCUACUGGGCCAAGGCACUGCCCGAGAACCUGGCGCUGCGCGACACGGUGCUGGCCUACUGGGCGGACCGCCACGGCCGCGUGUUCUACAGCGUGAACGACGGCGAGCCGGUGCUCUUCCACUGCGGCGUGGCCGUGGGCGGCCCGCUCUGGGCGCUCAUUGACGUCUACGGCAUCACCGACGAGGUGCAGCUUCUGGAGAGCGCCUUCGCCGACACGCUGACGCCCGCGCGCCUCAGCCAGGCCCGCUUCAGCGCCUGCCUGCCGCCCAGCAGCCACGACGCGGCCAACUUCGACAACAACGAGCUCGAGAACAACCAGGUGGUGGCCAAGCUGGGCCACCUGGCGCUGGGCCGCGCCCCGGGCCCACCGCCAGCCGACGCCGCGGCCGCCGCCAUCCCGUGCGGGCCCCGUGAGCGCCCGCGGCCCGCGUCGUCGCCGGCGCUGCUGGAGGCCGACCUGCGCUUCCACGCAACACGCGGGCCCGACGUGAGCCUGUCGGCCGACCGCAAAGUGGCCUGCGCGCCGAGGCCCGACGGCGGCCGCACGCUGGUCUUCUCCGAGCGCCCGUUGCGGCCCGGCGAGAGCCUCUUCGUGGAGGUAGGCCGUCCGGGGCUGGCGGCGCCCGGCGCGCUGGCCUUCGGCAUCACGUCGUGCGACCCGGGCGGGCUACGGCCCAACGAGCUGCCAGCCGACCCAGACGCGCUGCUCGACCGCAAGGAGUACUGGGUGGUGGCGCGCGCCGGGCCCGUGCCGAGCGGCGGCGACGCGCUCAGCUUCACGCUGCGGCCCGGCGGCGACGUGCUCCUGGGCGUCAACGGGCGUCCGCGCGGCCGCCUGCUGUGCGUCGACACCACGCAGGCGCUCUGGGCCUUCUUCGCCGUGCGCGGCGGCGUCGCGGGCCAGCUGCGUCUCCUCGGUACCCUGCAGUCCAGCCCUGCGACCACGACUCCAUCAGGGUCCCUCAGCGGCUCCCAGGACGAUAGUGAUUCAGAUAUGACCUUCAGUGUCAACCAGUCCUCCUCGGCAUCUGAGUCAUCCCUGGUGACAGCCCCCAGCUCCCCGCUGAGCCCCCCGGUGUCACCCGUGUUCUCCCCACCGGAGCCGGCAGGCAUCAAGAAUGGCGAGUGCACGGUGUGCUUCGAUGGCGAGGUGGACACGGUCAUCUACACGUGUGGACACAUGUGCCUGUGCCACAGCUGCGGCCUGCGGCUCAAGCGGCAGGCCCGGGCCUGCUGCCCCAUCUGCCGGCGGCCCAUCAAGGACGUCAUUAAGAUCUACAGGCCAUAGCCUAGCCCGCCCACGGGCCUUGGCCGGAGCAAGGUCACCUUUCUGAAGCCCCCCUGGGCUGGGCAACCACAUGGCUGCCAGGGAGUCCAAGGGCAGCGGCCGUCUCUCCAGUGGAAGGCGUGACAGUCGUGGAGUGACAGGCAGGGGUUGCUUCCGGCUCCAAAGUGCUUUGCUCCCAAAAGGCCGUCCCAAGAGCAAGCUCAGGAACUGCCUGGCAGAUCACCCUGUCCCUUGGUGACCUUUCAGCUGGGAAACAGCGUCCUCUGUCUGUGCAAUGCUUCUUGCUGGGGUUGGGUUGAGUGUGAGAGAGGGGGAGGGGAGGGAGGGAGAACAGAGAGAAUGUGUGUGUGAGAGAGAGAGAGAAUGAACGUGUAGCGAUUUUACCAGGGGUCCCGGCUCCGGGAGGAAAUGUGCCAUCCGGAGCCCCGACGUUGGCAUGACUAGAAGUUGUUCACUUUCUGGGGAUGGGACAUAAGCUGGUUUUGAAUGUAUUAAGCUGACCCUAACAGAACUCCCUGGGGUGGUGUAGAAAAGAGAUGCUCAGAUUUUCUAAGGGGAGGCAAAAAUAACUCAUUGUUUACAGCUCCAAAGCAUCAACUCCUUGAGGGGAAGGUGGGCGGAGAACAAUUCACUUCUUCAUUUCUUACUGGGUCUUAGAGCUGGGUGUGAUGGCACUGAGGCCAAGCCCUCUGGGCUGUGUCAUCUUUUCACCCCUUCACCCCCAGACUGUCUAAUAAUACACACAUCAUACCUUGUCUCUGUCUCUGGAGGCAAGUCUCUUGUAAUGCCCCUGCCCAUCUCCAAGGAGAAGACCAGCAGUAGGUUCUGUUUUUCUGUGGGAGAGAAAGAAUCCCAGAGGCAGGUGACCCACCUGGAGCUGGAAAGCCCACUCCACGAUGCAGACAGCUCUCUACCUUCCUGCGGUGGCCCCUGGGCCUGGCAUUCCCAGGGGACCUGCUGGCAGGAGGAGGAACGAGGGCUUUAUAACUUUGGUUAUAACUUUUGGUCUUUGCUCUGAUUCUCAGUGUAUCUUCCUCCGCUGGUUACUAAAGUGUUCACUGAUAAGUAUGUUAACUAAUGAUCGAGACAGUAACUAAAAAUGCUGGCAUUGGGAUUCUCUCCCUUCCCAGACCUACCUGCUGGUAUUUCCUGGGACCCUGGCCCUGCCCCACCCCCUCAGCCCUGCCCAUCUCUGCAGACUCCCAGAUCACACCCGGGCUGAUGGGCUGGCCCAGGCCUGUCCCUCCCUUCUUGCCCCCAGUUCUGGGCUGCACCUCUGCCUUCUUCUGUGCUGUCCCAUUAGGGAAGCCCCUUGGCCUAUUUUUCAGUUCCCAAUUAGAAGUCUAGAACCCGACAACUCCAAGAGUUCUUGGGAGGACCAGCACAACGUUCUAAAAAGCCUGAGACGCCUUACAAAAAGCAAGUAUCAUUUGUAGUACAAUUCCUAAUCUGUUCAUACCCUGCUGAAGGAGGGAAGGAGGGAGAAGAAGGCAGGGGAGUUGAUGCAUUCAUAUAACAAACACUUGCUGGGUGUCCAGAGCAAAGCUGGGCCAGGCCCUCACCAGAUCAAGCCCCACAAACCAGCUGGUGCCCAUGCGAUGCUGGCGGUUUGGGGCCUCCUGUUCCUCCUCUAGCUGGGAGGAGUCACGGUUGUCUGACCUGAUUCCAACUUAAGGCCCCCACUCUCUAGCCCCAUCAAGAAUCCCUGAUUAUUUACUUUUCCCUAGAAAAUCUGGGGAAGUUCCCACAUUUUAAUUUUGCAGCAGAAUCUUUUGAGCAGCUUUUGGAACCACAGUGUUUGCCAAGAUAAGAGUUUGGGAAUCCAGCAGCCCUGGGUGCCUGGCUGAAUUUGGUUUCCUGCAUGUGCUGGGUGUGGGCGGGGCCACACACAGGCCUUGCAUGGGAGGACUCCUCACCCCAGGCCUGUGGUGCUCCAGACAACCGUCUCCUGUCUACACUGAGACCCAGCCACAAGCUGUGGGGUCUCAGUGGCCUGGGGGAAAGCAGCUCCACUCUCCUGCCCUUCCUGGCUGCCCCUUUGGGUUCCAGCUGGGGUCACGUCCAGCCUCCACUGGGAAACCAGUGACUGAGGCCUGGACCCAGAGGUGGACCAGGUAUCUCCUGGCCACCUGUGACCUGGGAAGAAGGGAGUCAGUGGCCCGUUCAGCCUGCUCUGCAGCUACUAUAAAUAGCCUCCCUCUUUCCAAGAGGAGGUAAGGAGGUGUUUAUCUUCUAAAAACCAGACGUUUCCUGGUGCUCUGAGCGUUAGUGCUACAGAGGAGAUGCACACAUCCCCACUAUGUUCUGUCUUGAGAAGGGGACAGAGAAAGAGGAAAAGGAGCCACUGUAUUUUAUUUUGCAUCUACAGUGUGCCUUGGCACUGGGCUAGAGAGACGACUUCCUGCGUGAAUCCUGUGAGGCAGGUCUUAUUGCCGUAAUAAGUCACGUCUAAGACACUGCCGGUCAUAUAACACACUGUUUUACAUACCAUAAGGAAAAAAACGCUGCCAAUCUUAGCUAAGAUGCUACAACCGUACAGUUCCUUCCAAUCAGAGAUGUUCACGUGUGGAAAAAAAAAUUGUGCUACUUAGAAUCUAUGAAAGCUGGUAUUAUCCCACUUGGCAGGUAAGGAAACUGAGGUCCUGUGAGUGAAGUGACCUCAUGAUCACACAACAGGAGGUGGCAGGGCUGGGAUUCAAACCCGGGAGUGUCUGCUGCCACAUCCCACACUCCCACUGCCUGGCUUCAAGUCCCAGGAAGCUCGAGACUGUGAGUUUUCUCCCUUGAAACUCACCUGGAGAGAGUCCGGGCACCUGUGCCUAUGUGGAGGGUUCCGGCCCCAGCCAGGGCCCCUCCGCUGCCCACACCCUGGGAGGAAAAGCGGCCUCCCUUCCAGGCUCAUCUGCCCACUGCCCACCUUCUGACAGAGCUGAGCUCUGUGAGAUCUGGACUCCAACCCAGGGGCCCUCUCUUGUUAUGCAGGGGGGUCCACAGUUGGGGAGAGACCUGGGGCCUUGUCCCACCAUCUUCCUAGGCCCCGUGAUCACCACCCCCUCAAGCGGGGCCCCAGCCCCCCGAGCACCCCUCACGUGACCCAGCCCUCGGCUGUUCCAGGUUCACUGCCCAUCGUGUGCUCUUCUGGGCCACAGCAGCCAGGGCUCCAGGGCGAGGACAGGGGAGACCUGAAAACACCCCGUUGUUAAUGGUCUUGUGCCUGUUCACUCAGAGCCUCCUGAAAAACUGGGCUGUUUCCAAGGCAAAUCCAGCUCCUUGUCCUAGCAGGUUCUCAGAAUGGGGAGCCCCCUGGGAUGGAGCUGCUCCUCUCACAGCAGCACCACGUUUCCAGUCCCUCAAUGCCACUCAUCAGCAUGGACUGUGUUCAGGACACACGGUGAACUUUUCUCUGACCCCCUGGUGCUGGUCCUGUGCUAACACGUAGUAGUUACUCAGUAAAGGUUUGCUGAGUAAACCAGAAAUCAGAUUAUGAGUGUUCAGGGGUUUGAUAAAACAGCACCACGUAACACACACAAAGAUAACUCCAGAAACAUUUGCUGAGUACCUAAUAUGUGUGAGGUGCUGUGAGGAUAGAGCAGAGGGGACCGUGUCCCAGCUGUGAUGCCAGCAGGGGUGACACUAAGAGGGGAAUGAGAUAUUUGGGGCAGAAUCCACUGGGCUCUCUUGGCCAUCUGCUGCCUUGGGUCCGUUGAGGUGGGUGCCCAAAGGCUGCCUUCUUGACCAGAACUGCUGUGCGCUUCACAGAACCUCCUCAUUAGAAAUGCUGGGCACAUUGCAGUCAGUGAGCUGCUGCCAAAACGGCAUUAAGUAGAACCCCCGGAGGCCCCGCGGGUUGGUGAUCACCCUCAGGUCCUGCCAGGGAGACACAGUGGGGAAGCUGGCUAAUUGCUGCUUUCAGGUCCUGGAAAUCAGUCGCCAAGGCCCAGGAGAACCCCGGUGAGUCCGUCCAGUUGAGGCAGAGAGGCAAUAACCUCCCACUGCUCGGCCCUGCGCCUGCCCCAGUCCUGGCAGGGGGCACCGGCUCAGGAACACGCGGCCUCCUGGCAUUUCUCGGUUUUAACUGUCUCGCUGUCUUAUCCGAGUCCCUAAUGAAAUGACUUGUGCGACAAUCUGUCUGUGCCUUACGAAAGUGUCUGUGCACUUUUUAUCCUUUUUAAAAGCAACUUUUAAAAGUGGAUGGGGAGUGGGGCUAGCAUACGUGGUAGGGUUCUAGAAAUCUGUGGUCAUCGCUGAAAUCCUUUUUGCAUCAUGUUUUUGAUGUUGGAGUGAUGAAGUGUACAUCCCCCACCCCACACACCACUACCUGUGUACAGACCUUUUAAAACAUGUCUUCUUCUUUUUCUGAUUCAAUACUGUGACCUCUCCAAUACAGUCUAAUCCUUGGGGAUCUGUAAUCAAGGUUUUAAAACCUGGGAAGUGGGUUGGGAAGGGUUUGCACUGGUCUUGCGUGUUGUGCUUUUCUGUGUUGUGUGUUUUGAUUUUUGUCUGUUUUUAUGUUUUAUAUUGACAUAAUUUUCCUGUUUUAAAAAAAAUACAACUUCGGCUUGUUAAAAAAGUCUUCAGAACUCAAUUUUUAAAAUCCCACUUACAUACACUGAUGGGGAGUGAAGGUGAGGAUCCAAAUCAUUGCCAGCCUUGGGGAAAUAAAUUGAAAAAUGUCCAUAGAACCCCGACAAUGUUUGAUGCCUUUGCCAAAUAACUCACUUCUGUGAAAAUCACAAGGAAAUCAUUCUACUCAAGGAUGAGAUCUACGUGUAAAGAUAUUCACUGCAGCAUUUUCUAGAGUGGUAAAAAACUGUGAGCAACCCUAAUGUCCAACAACCAGGGUGUAUUCACCAAGACUGUUGGUUACAAGUGACAGAAACCCAACUCGGAUAGGUUUUAGGGGGAUAAAGAACUAGGGAACUGAAAAGUC